GGCUGGUCAGCAUGGAGUUCCUUCAGUUGACUCGUUUGCUGGUUUUCCUCGGUACCGUUGCGGUGUUUGUCCAACUAGACCUAGUUCGUAAAGUCUACAAGUACCUUCGCUGUCACUACUAUGUGAGAAAGCUCCCCGUCCCUGCUGAACCACGAUGGCUUACUGGACACUCGAGUUUCAUACAGCCGGAAGCUGCCUUCCAGUUCCACUGCGACUAUCUGAGCGAUCCAGAGAAGCGUUUGCCCGGCGUGUUCCGCUAUCACCUGUCUCAGUUUUUAUACAUGGUCAACGUCUUUGCGCCACAUACCAUAGAAGCCAUGCUCGCUGGCUCGCAUCCCAAGCUUUCCAUCGUUGCUCAUCUUACUAGCCCUGUCACUGGAGAAGGUGGGGUGUUAUUCACCAAUGGAGAGAAAUGGGCACGCAAGAGGCGAUUGGUUGCUCCUGGAUUCCAUAAGAAAGUCACACAAGACUAUGUGAGCGUGUACGAAUCAGUACUGGACUCGUUGAUAAGCGACUGGUCUGAGCUCCUACUCAACUCCACCAUCAAAUCCGGACCGAAGAGCAAGUCCAGAGUAUCCAUGAACAUGGCCUCGGCAAAACUAAGCAUUAAUGUGCUGGUGAGGUGUGUCAUGAGCUACGAGCUCAGCGAGACAGAGACACUAGACUUCAAGCGAGCCACAGAUGUUAUGGCUCGGAUGGUGCAGGAACGCGGAACUAACGCCUUUCUGUACCCGGAUUCCAUCUAUUUUCGAACUGAAGCUGGUAAGGAAUGUCUGAAACUAUGCAACAUUGUUCAUACUGUGACGGAUAAUGUCAUAGCCAAUCGCAGGAAGCAGCUGUUGGACGAUCCAGACGCCGCUGCACCGAAGAAGAACAUUGAUUUCCUGGACAUCUUGCUGACUGCACGAUACGAGGAUGGUGCUGCGAUGGACGAUAGAGAACUCCGGGAAGAGGUAACUGUCUUCUUGAUAGCUGGUAUGUCAUCAUCUGUUGCAUCACAGUGGCUAUUCUACUACUUGGCGGCCAACCCGGAUAUCCAGCAACGAUGUAGAGAAGAAGCACGUGCGGUGUUGUGCCCGGACGGUGGUGAGCCUGUGUUGACUGAGCAGAGUCUGAAUUCUCUGCAAUACAUCACACAAGUCAUAAAGGAAGUCCUGCGUAUAGCCACACCAACUCCCCAGAUUUAUCGUGAGCUUGAGAAGGACACGAUGAUUGGCGGAUACUUGAUUCCUAGCGGAACCUGGGUCGUCCUCAGCAUAUGGGCUCUACAUCACAAUCCAGACAUUUGGAAAAACCCGAUGACUUUCAACCCAUCUCGCUUCGACCCAGGUGGAGAAGCUUCGAAGGCUCCACCGUUCUCGUACGUGCCAUUCAGUGGUGGUUCUCGGAACUGCAUUGGAAAGAAUGUGGGGUUUCAGCUGUUGCGAGCAGAAGUGGUGAAGAUCCUGUUGCGCUUCAAGCUCUCCGUUCCUGAUGACCUUCUGGACCUCAAACAGCAUUUGAUGCUGUUUAUUGAACCUUCCAAGCCGAUUGAACUGCUCAUCGAGGAAGUUGGGGAUUGCUGAGCUGGUGGUUUUUUGUUUUGUUUUUUACUGAACUCCACAGAACCAUCAGAUGCUACACAGCGGGGGCGGCGGCAUAUUGGAUGGAAGUGGUAAAGAAACGGGCUUUUCCAAAAAAUCCUGAGAAAUGUUCAACAAAAAUUUCAAAACACGACAUUAUUUCGUUCGCUAAUCUCCGCUACCGUCGUCUCACGUGGCUGCAGAAGAUGUUACGAGAGAUAGGAGAGUCUCCAGCAGGCAGCGCAUCCAUCUUCAGGAAGUGGAAAGAGAAAAUGUCAUGGUCCUUGGUUGAGGUAAAUGCUGAACGUUUGAUUUGUCCCAACCAAGAUUUCAGCACUUGGUUCGUCACGAUUUUCGCUUGCCAGCUAACGUCUCCGCACUCCAGCUUCCCCUUGUCGGUGUCACGUCCCAGUACACAACGGAGAGGACUACUAAUAAACAGUUCACGGCGCCAACAUCGCUGAAUACAGCACUUCUUUCACUUCGUGAAUACAAUAAGACAACUGAAAAUGACACAAUUCUGCAUGCAGUGAUCGAUAGGCAGCGGCGGAUUAUGCCGGCAUAAUUAUUGGCAUAAUUUGGUGGUUGAAAAUUUGGAGCAUAAUUUGGCAUCCUUUCGGAGGUAGGAGCAUAACUACAUGAUUGUACCACAGUUCUAGUAUGUACGUAUGCUACUUGAAGUACACAAUUGUGUACAAUGCACCUGAUCAGUGCUGGUGGUCUGCAUGUUAAAGGUUCGGAGGUCAUGCAGAUAGUGUUUUCAAUGAAAAGCAGGGUAGAAAUCAUG